CUACCGUCUCUGAUUACGAUUACUCAAGUAUCCUGUAGAGCGACGGAUGGAGGCGAGAUCGAAGCGCGACCGGGCGAAAGGUCGAGAUAUCUUGCUGCCCUAUCACGACGCAGCGGCCGCGAUUCUGAGCGGCGGAAGAUCACACACUCAGGAGGAAUACUUGCUGCAAGCGGCCGAGGAUGGUGACCUCAGCGCCAUACAGGGCUUACUCAAGCAUGCAAGACGUCAGAAUAUGAGUGUGGACGUGAAGCACAGAGAGACAGGAGAUACUCCACUCAUUAUAGCUGCUAGAAAAGGCCAUUCAAAGGUUGUUUCCUACCUGCUGUCUCGUGGUGCUGACGUCACCCUACAAAAUGACAACAACACAACAGCCUUAGAAGCGGCAGUCAAUGACGAAAUAAGAAAACUCAUACUCGAUUCGGUGUCACGUCAGGGUGUUACGGGACGCCACCUGCUGCAGGCAGCGUGGCAAGGUGACAUUCGAGUCGUUUGUCAACUGCUGGCUUUGAAGCAUAAGGGCAUGGUUGAUAUCAAUUGCAAGAAUGUUGAUGGUUUUACACCGUUGUUGUUGGUGACGAGAGACUUGAAGGUGUUUCAAGAGUUGGAGGUUGCCAUGCUGAAAAAUUACAAGCCAACGGACGUGGUCACUCACCUCAUUAGACAGCAAGCUGAUACGAAUGCUACUGAUAAUGCUGGUCGUAAUGCAAUACAUUUUGCAGCACAUGCAAGUGGCAGUGUUGCACAACACAUCAUAGCAAUUUUGAUGGAGGAAGGAACCAAGAUCGAUGCAAGUGAUCAGGAAGAGAACGCUGCAAUACAUUUUGCAUCUGGCAUGGGAGAUGUGCAGAUGAUUGAGUUCCUCCUUGAUAGAGGAGCAAGUGUGAAUGCUCCUGGAAGGGACGGCUCCACACCGUUGCAUUUCUCUGCAGAAGGAGGACACGAGGAAGCAUCCACCUCUCUUCUGGAUCACGGCGCCGACAUCACGUUAGCAAAUGAAAGAGGUGAGACUCCAGUGGAUGUCGCAAAGGGACAGAAACUGAAGAGAAAGCUACGAGAGGCAUGGAGUGAAUCAACUACAAAUGUAUGCGAGUCGACAUCAGAUGGUAGAGUUCAGGGUCAGGAAGACAACGAGGAGCUAAGUGAUGAUGAUGCGUUGCCGCCGUUUACACCCGAUUCUCUUGCUGCAAUGGACAACGACAACGAGCGGUCGUUCUUUGUCACGCAGAAAACUGGCACUCCAGCAAAACUCAGUCCUAUCGACGACCUUCAUACCAUCAGUCAUGUGGCUGCCAAAGUUGUUGACGUUGAUGUCAUCCUUCACUCUUCUGUUGUUGCGGAUGGUUUACCGAAGCUUCGUGUUCCUAUGGAAACGGCGACGUCAAGGAGCUUCGCACAACGCGGUCAAAUGCAUGGAAAGUAUCAGCAACCUGGUGCAGCAUCUGGUCGGUCAGUGAAGAAUGGGAAGUCUCUGGACAGACAAGGAAAUGCGCAGAUGGUUGUGGAGGAGAAGAGGUCGGUUUCGCAGAGGAACACGUUUCCGAGACAGAAGAAAGGUGGUGUGCCUCGAUUGCUGCCAAGCAGACAGCAGAGGAGACCAGUGCAGAAAGCCAUUAGUGCUGAUUCGAGUCCAAGUCGAACAGUUGCUUUGCCAGUAGCUCCUGUUCGGAAAGCGGUUGCUGUGACAAUGUUCUCCGUUGGACUUGGAGACUGCAAAAUGACUAGCGUUCAUCGUUGGCCGAAUCCACCGGGUCACCUCAGUGUGAUUGAAAAACCACUGACUCGAUCUCGAUCACAAAGUCAACCAGAAACAGUCAUAAGAUCACAGUUAAAUCUGUCUUCUCCAAAGAGAAGUGGUUUGCCAUCAAGAGGUCAUGGAUACCUCAAAUCAUCUCGUCCCGUCCAACUUGAGCCAUUAGUUCAAACGGUUUCGUUAAAGAAUCACAACACACUCGAAUGGUCAACACAACUGUCUCGUAGUAGAUUAGAGACAAUAAAAAGCAGCGUUACAUUAUCCGCAAACGAAGACGCCAACUCAACCACCUCAAACGCCACGCAUCACUCCAGUCCACACAAGAACCCAAAAAAUACCGACAAACAUCACGAGAGCAGCGAAGAACCCGAGCUACCAAGCGACGCUCUACUCACUCGCAUCCACGCAAACGUCUUCAAAACGAGUUUCGAAGAAGCGUUGGAGGCCGAGAAGCUCGUGCAGCUGUCACCGCGAUCGAGAAUGAGACGAGCACGUAGCAGUCCAGUGCCACUCAAUAUACUCGGCAGGAACACAAGAGACGAGAGCUACGACGCCACCGCCAUUCGUACGUACACGCAUCUGUCCUCCUCCUCCAGUUCGACUCUCGAUGCGUGCGCGUCUGACCACGACUCUGAACGAUCGCUCGUCGGCUCCACACAUCUCACACGGCGCAUCUCACUCUCUUCGAUCAUCGACAACUCGUCGAGCGAUGACUCAACCAUCAAGGCCACAUCAUCAACGAACAUUCUUGACGACGACGCCUCGUCUCGGCCUCGAACUCUCCCCAAACUCAGUUGUCACCCGCAGCCUCUUGUCGGCUCAACAGACAUUUUGUCUCUUCCUCCAUUAGCCAUUCUCGGGAUUUCAAUUGAUCCUAACGAAACGAUUGUCUCGUAUCUCGGGAAUCGAAGCUCGCGACCGUCGACUGCGUGCACGUCAAGCCCUCGGUCGAUUCGAACGGAAGCUCAGAGCUCGAGUAGCGACACCACAGGACGGCCGCAUAGUGGAGAUUCCGGACACGGUGACAGUGAUCACGAACGUGAGCGUAAUGGAGUCGAGGAGACGGACGACGCCGAGGAGGAGGAUUUCAUUCGUUGGCGACGAGGGACGUUACUUGGGCAGGGAGCAUUCGGUCGCGUUUGGUUGGGUCUGACGUUGACUGGAGAGAUGAUUGCGGUGAAGCAGGUUUCGUUGCAUUCGGACGUCAUGAAGGCGGAGAGGCAAUAUGAGAAGCUGCAGCAUGAAGUCGGACUUCUCAAGUCGUUGUCUCAUAUCAACAUUGUUGGGUAUCGUGGCACGUCGUUUGAUGAAGGUACAAGAACUGUCAAUAUCUUCAUGGAGUACUUAUCUGGUGGCUCAAUAACAUCUGCAAUCAACUGCUUUGGACCGUUUGAAGAAUCUGUCUUUCAGCGUUACACGCGGCAGAUGUUGGAUGCCAUCGUGUACCUCCAUGAACGAGGAAUAGUUCACAGAGAUAUCAAAGGUGCUAACGUGAUGAUCUGCCCCAGUAGUGUCAUCAAGCUCAUUGACUUUGGAUGUGCCAAGCAGUUCUGUGUAGAGACGAAGGCGAGUCUGAGUCAGAGCGGCAUAUUUAAGUCAAUGAUGGGAACUCCGUAUUGGAUGGCACCGGAAGUCGUUCUUGAAUCAGGAUACGGCAGGAAAUCCGACAUAUGGAGUGUUGGAUGUACUGUGUUUGAGAUGGCAACCGGGAAGCCACCGUUUGCUGAGAUGGAAGCGACAGCCGCUCUCUACCACAUCGGAAAUGGUGGCAAACCUGCUCUGCUGUCUAGCUCGUCGUUCUCAUCGCAUGCGAUCAACUUCGUCGCUUCCUGUCUAACCAGGGAUGUCAAUCAACGCCCUUUGGCCUCUGAUCUACAGAAGCAUCCGUUUGUAAUAAAAAGUUGAUAUCAAUUUUUUGCUCUAAGUUUAUUACUGUAGUUAAGGCACUUAUUUGUGGCAAGUGUUAUGUAUAUAUUUAUAGUUAUGUAUAGACUUAUUGUUCGAGAUUGCUGUUCAUGGUGUCAAGGGUUUGUGUUCUGUACAGUCGCGAUUGGGUGGUUUUUGUAGCGUUCUUAUUAUGCUCUUGUGUUGCUUAUUUUGUGAUGAAAUGGUCAGUUUAAUAUGCAAUUUUAUUGUGGUAAA